ACAAUCACUUCCAUUUUGAUCAGUUUCUUUUGUUAGUAACAGUGGUGCAGGUAACAUCUGAAGAAGUGUAUUGAAAAUUAUUUCACAAUGAAAUAUUUUUUAUUGUUAACAUUUUGUGUCUUUAUAUGUAUAAUAAUACCUUUAGUUGAAUUAAUUAAUAUUACCCUAAUCCGUCAAGAAUCACCAAGAAAUAGUUUGCAAAGAUUACCAAAAGAAUAUCAACAACAUGUGAAUCACUUGUUCAACUUUAAACCAAAACCAAAACCACACAAUUUUACGAAUGAAUCCAUUGCACUGUUUCGAUUUUUGGAUACUGAAUUUUAUGGUGUGGUCGGCAUUGGAAAACCAGUCCGCUUUUUUAAUAUGAUUUUUGAUACAACUUGGGGUAAUUCAUGGGUUAUUUCUGAUGAAUGCCCACCUCAAGUACCUGCUUGCUGGAUGCAUAACAAAUAUGAUGGAUCGAGAUCUUCAUCACAUAUCGACAAUGGAACUGAUUUUCUUGUACAAGAUGGAAAAUACAACAUUUCUGGAUUCUUUUCAAUCGAUACUCUUCAUAUUGCACACAUGAAUUUGUCAAAUUAUGAAUUUGCUGAAGUUACGGAUCUUCCAUGGCCGUAUAUGUUGAGUAAAGCAGAUGGAAUUAUUGGUAUGGCUAAAGAUCAACUUUCUAAAAAAGGAUCACCUCCGUUUUAUUAUGAGUUAUUUAGAAAAGGAAUUAUUAAACAACCAAUUAUUUCAAUUUAUAUUAAUAGGGACCGUUCAUCAAAUCGAGGUGGAAAUAUAUUUUUAGGUGGAAUAGAAAAACAUUACAAUGGAUCAUUCGAUUAUGUACCAUCAACCAGUCCUGCUUAUUGGGAUUUUAAAAUGGAUAGAAUUAUCGUAAACGUUAAAGGAAAAUCAUUUCCAGUUUGUGCGAAUGGUUGCACAGCUGUCGUGGAUACCAGUACAAAUGCAAUUGUUGGUCCUAGUUCAGAAUUGAAAAGAAUUAAUCGUCUUAUAAAAGCAAAACCGAUUGCAUAUGGACGGUUCGAGGUUGAUUGUGACAGAAUAAAUAUCUUGCCAAAUAUUUCAUUUGUUUUAAAUGGAAAGGACUUUGUAUUAAAAGGUACAGAUUACGUUCAAAAAGUUGCAUAUCAUGGAAUUGAAUUGUGUCUGUCGACUUUCCAACCAGUAAAUAAUUAUAUAUCCAAUGAAAACGAAUGGACAUUAGGUGGUGCAUUUUUAAGCGCAUAUUAUACAAUACUUGAUGUUGCCAAUAAUCGUGUAGGAUUUGCUCCUAUUUUAAAAUAAAAAUCAGCAUCGGAAUUUCAAAUAAAAGGUUUAAUAUAUUCACGGUAAAAUAUUUUUUUGGAAUUUGAUAAACUAAAAUUUAUCAUCGGCGAGUAUGACUGCACAUAAACUUACCAUAAAUUGAAUUAAAUAAACUAAAUGAAAAUUGCCAGCUCUUAUAUUUUUUACUAAUAUAUGGUUUUUGACGAAAAUUCACCAGAAAUAAUACAAAACACGCCUAAAUUUUAAAACUUCAGCUAGCCAAAGUUUCUAAUCUUUAUAAAAAAAGCAAACUAUUAGGCGAUUAUGUAAAGACCAUUUGAAACUUUCUAUAUUUUCGAUCCAUAUGCAAUCGGUUUUGCUUUUAUAAGACGAUUAAUUCUUUUCAAUUCUGAACUAGGACCUAAAACCACCAAAUUAUCUCUCA